AUGGCUUCCUUUACGAGCCUUCUGGUCGGUGGCCUUGCCGUCUUAGGCUGCAUAUCACCUGCCAAUGCGGGUCCGGCACAAGCAAGACCCCGUGCGCCUAGCUACCAAGCAUACCCAGAGAGAGCAGCCGCUGUCAUGGAAGCGUUUGAUAGGGCCUGGGAUGGCUACUACCAAUAUGCCUUUCCGAAUGACUCGCUCAAGCCCAUUUCAAAGUCGUUCGAGAACGACAGGAAUGGUUGGGGAGCCAGCGCCAUCGACGCCCUUUCCACGGCCUUGAUCAUGGGCGACAAGAAAGUGAUCGACCAGAUCGUAGACUACAUUCCAACGAUCAACUUUAACAAGACCAACGACGAUUCGGUGCCCGUCUCUCUUUUUGAAACCACCAUUCGUUAUUUGGGCGGUCUGCUUUCAGCGCAUGAUCUCCUGAGUGGUCCUCUCAACAAUUAUGUUGGCAGCGAAGAGAAGCUGGCGGCCAUUCUGGACCAGGCUGAGCAUCUGGCCGAAAAUCUGAAAGUUGCGUUCAAUACUAAAUCCGGAAUUCCGAUUAACGACGUGCUCUUUGGACCACCCCGGGUAACGGACGAAAAGACCAAUGGUCUCGCCACAAUCGGCACCCUGAUCCUCGAAUGGACGCGCCUGAGCGACAAGACGGGCAACAAAGAGUACGCCGAGCUAGCCCAGCGAGCUGAGUCGCAACUCCUGCUACCUCAGCCCCGAGCACUCGCCGAACCAUACCCGGGUCUACUGGGUACAAACGUCGACGUGGAAACGGGCGAGUUCGUGGACUCAGUCGGUGGCUGGAAUGGUGGCACCGACAGCUUCUACGAAUAUCUAAUCAAGAUAUACAUUUACGACACGUCAAGGUUCACGAAACACAAGAACCGCUGGGUCGACGCCAUCGACUCCAGUAUCAAGUACCUGGCCUCGCACCCCACGUCGCGUCCCGACCUGACCUUCCUGGCCGCCUACCAAGGAAAUAACAACUUGACGUUCCGGUCGGGGCACCUCGCGUGCUUCGAUGGCGGCAACUUCAUCUUGGGCGGCUUGGUGCUCGACCGCCAGGACUAUGUCAACUUCGGCCUCGCUCUCGUCGACAGCUGCCACGAAACGUACGCCACGACGGCGACUGGCAUCGGCCCCGAGGGCUUCGCCUGGCAGGACAACAAGGUUGGAUUCAACGCGACCAACAAUCCCGGUCCGCCCGCGGAACAGAGCGACUUCUACGCCGACGCCGGCUACUGGAUUACCAGCUCCUACUACAUUCUGCGCCCCGAGGUCAUCGAGAGCAUCUACUAUGCCUACCGUGCCACCGGCGACUCCAAGUACCAGGACUGGGCUUGGGAGGCCUUCAAGGCUAUCAAUGAGACGUGCUCCGUUGGCGCUGGGUUCUCCGAAAUUGAGAACGUCAAUGUGAAGGGGGGAGGCAACUUCACUGAUUUCCAGGAUAGCUUCUGGUUUGCUGAAGUAUUGAAGUACAGUUAUUUGAUCCAGGCAGAGGAGGCGCCGUGGCAGAUUUCGGCUGACCAUGAUAAUGAAUGGGUAUUCAAUACGGAGGCGCAUCCCAUGAAGGUUGUCGGCAAGCAUAUCUAG